AUGCCACGCGUGCGUCGUGGUAGCAAAACAGGCACGCUGACCAAAAAGGGAUCCAAAAAGUCUUCAAAGAGUGGAAGUGCCUCCAAGGAGCAGUCCCCGCAGUCAACCUCGGUUACAACUGGCAGUGAGGCUGCCAAGGAUUUGCAAGCAGCUGUGCAACAUCAAUCGAAAACACCUGAGGCGCAGCGUCAAGGUGGAGACACUAGCCUUCAAGAAGAUUGGGAAAAUCUCACGGCCGCGACUGCCGGUAUUGAAGCCGCAGCUCCAGUUGCUGUUCCCGAAUCUGAUGCUAGCAUACCUGCUCCCCCUCCUAAUGUCAAAGCCGCGGCCGUGGAACCAGUAAGUGUCAUCUCGCAUCAGGCGGAGCCUGAAACCCCCCAGCAG